GUUCAGUUCGGUUUCGCUGCUUAAACUGUUCGGUUGGAUCUUUUAAUUACUCGCAAAGUGCAAGCUUAUUUCUUUGGAAAAGUUGUCAAAGUCGAGUAAUUAAUUCACAGCUUUUCGUGAUCUUUUUCGUUGAUAAUUAAGAUUCAAAUUUAUUCAACAAUGCGUUUGCUGAAGUACUUGUUAUCAACUGCCUUUAUGAUGCUUCUACUUGUUAGUCUUGCAACGUCAGACGACUCAAAGCGAAGUAGUUUACUCAACAAAAGAGCAGGUAGUCCAAAUAAAUUCCAGAAGGCAACAACGACAACUGCAGAGCCUGCUUAUGACGAAGAAGAAUAUGUUGAUGAAAAUGUAGCUCCUGAAAGUUAUGAAAAUGAAGAAGAUCCUUCAUAUAGCUCAACAACCACCACUACAGAAGCAGCGAAAAAAAUCGGUCCCGUUGUCCGUCCCUUCCGAUCUAACGAGGAUUUAUUAUCAGCCUUGAAAAAACGUCGCUUAAACGAAAAGAACAAUAAAUCGAAUGCAACACCUAAACCACAAGUGCAUCAUGAAGAACAUCAUCACGAAGAAGAAGAAGAAGUUAAAGUAACUAAACCAAAACCAGUAGCACACUCUCCAAUUGCAUCAGGUGGUCACCGUCGAUUUGGUGGACAUAAGUCAACAAACGUUAAAGCACCAGUACAAGAUAAUCAAGCGCAAAAUAUUGAAGAGCCCUCAUCUAAAACUUUCAAACGAUCAAAUCGUUUCGCACAACGACACUCAUAGAACAGUUUUUGAAGCAAUAUAUGCACGGCUCAAAUCCUUUCUAAUAAGAAAUAGUUACUUGAUUUUGUCGUUUUUUUCCUAUCAACCUUUCAUAAUUUAUAAUAUCUGUUUGUUUUUGUAAAUAAAGAUAUAAUUCUUCUUUUUUAAUUUUUUUUCCUUUUAUUUCUAUUUAUCAGC